AAUGCCGGGAGAGUUCACACGGAGCCACGGUGUGGCCGACAACAGGACAUAGACUCUGAUCAUCGGUGUUCAGUCUUACAACGCAGCUUUGCGCAAAGCGCGGGAAUCUGGUGACACAGGAUGAGCUCCAUGACGCUACAACUUGGCCUGACACUGUUGAUCUGGUAUCUGGGAUGUUGGAAGGAGGCAGAGUCAUAUCCCAGCCGGGAGUGUGAAAAUGGAAUUGCAUUGACAAAGGUUCCAGAUUAUCAGAAAGAUGUGGGGGACAUCGAGUGGAAUGAUCAGAACGAGGAGCAAGUUCAGAAUGUAUUUAAAAGGUUCCUGUUUCACUACGCUAAAGCACACAAGUCAGAGGGAACUGUACAGCAUGAGUCUCACUCAGUCCACCCUCUGUUGCGACUGUCUCCCAAGCUCUCUCAGAGGAACAAGAAACAGCUGCUGCUCUUGAAGAUCAGGACUCUCCCAGAGGGUGUGCUGAGGAACAGGGAGGCAUGGAGAUCAUCCAGAAGCCAGCUGCAUCUCCGAGCCUGACCGCGCAGAGCCAACAUGGUGUCCAGACAGAGAAAGGCAAACCAAGCUCUCACUCCAAAAAUAACUUAUUUUUAAGAACUAUCAGUCUUAUUGAUAAAGACAACUGCAUUGCCAAGAUGUUUAGUCUCUUAUUGAUUUCCUGAAGUUAUGUACACCAUUCAAAAAAAGAUUGACUUAUGUUCAAUUUUAUCAAUGAGGUAUCUACCAUUUUGUAUGACGUAGUACAGUUGGACUGGCUGUACUUGCAAACCAGGUGAACUGCAUGAUGCAGUCUGCAUCCCAACCAUAGACUGUAUUUAUAUACAUCCCAACAAACACAAGUUAGUCAAAUACUAUUUUAAAAGUCCUUUAUGUGAUAAUGAUAACAGAUUCUCAUUGAUGGGCUCUUUAUAUAAAA